AGAAAUUGCUCUUUAUUUGGCAAAAUUUCAAGGUCACGCGGAUUGGUUGAAUUUGCGUUAAUUGUUGCAAUCACAACAUCCUGGACAGCUUUUCUACAUCCUGUUUCGACAUCACGACGGUGACAUCUGCUGUGUUUCUUUCAGGUACAAGGAGCUGAUGACGGGGAAGACCGCCAGAGAGAUCAUCGCCAUUUUAUGGAUCCUCUCCUUUGUCAUCGGCCUCAUCCCGUUCUUUGGCUGGAACCUGAAGCUGUCGAGGUGCAGCUGGAACAGCAGCUCAGCGGCGGACAACGCUACGGACGCCGGCCUGGAGGAGGGGCCGCGGGACGGAGGGGAUUUACUACAAAGCUGCAAGCUGGAGUGCUUCUUCGAGAGCGUGGUGGACAUGCACUACAUGGUCUACUUCAACUUCUUCGUCUGCGUGCUGCCGCCGCUGCUCAUCAUGCUGGGCAUCUACCUGAAGAUCUUCACCGUGGCGAGGAAGCAGCUGAGGCAGAUCGAGCUCAAGUGCGUGGGAAACGGGGACAGCCACCACCACGGGCUGCUGCAGAAGGAGAUCCGGGCCGCCAAAUCCCUCUCCAUCAUCGUGGGGCUGUUCGCCGUCUGCUGGCUGCCCGUCCACAUCCUCAACUGCCUCACGCUGUUUUACAACGAGCUGAAGAAGCCGCCGAUUGUCAUGUACGUUGCCAUCAUUUUGAGUCACGCCAACUCCGCGGUCAACCCCAUCAUCUACGCUUACCGCAUCCAGGAUUUCAGGAACACCUUCCGCAAGAUCCUGGCCCAACACUUCCUGUGCCGCAGGGAGGAGCUGUACCUCAGCUCCAACGGCAGCAGACGCAACAGAGACCAGAUCCACAUGACCAUCGACCCUCUGCUAUAGAGACCGCGGGGGGAGCGUCGUCUGCGUCGCCGUGAAUUUAACGUUCACCGAUAAUGUUUACAGAGCAGGGGGGAGAUGUGCGAAGAUGUCAAACGCGCCUUGAAUGUGGACGUUUAUUUAUGAAUCAGGGGUCAAGCAGUGACACGAUGAAUGGCGAGUCUUACGUUGUAUCGUGAAGGAUUUCUGAUUUUUUUUUAAACAUGUUGAAGCUAACUGGAUUUGUGGGACUGUGAACGGGAUCCAAACUCUGAUGUUAUUUAUCGUUCUGAAUCCACCCGGUUUCAACUCCAAACACUCCUUUUUUUUUUUUUUUUUUGCCCUGCUUUUUUAUACGUCAACCUUGAGUGCCAGUGUUUAUUAAUUUAUUUAUUACGAGACCGAAUCUUUUGAGAAUGUAAAGAUCAAAAAAAAACUGUGUGGUUAGAUCUGUAGCUGUGGAGAGAGGUACAAUAGCAGUAGUCUACUGGUUAUUUUUGGCUGAUAUGAAUUCACGCUGGUGACGAUCACAGGCUCCAUGUACAGACAGAAAUACGAUUUUCAGUAACUUUUUAUGGCAGAAAUGUUGUUGAGCUGUAGCUUCGGCUGAGCGUCAGAGUCGUCCUGCUGCUGCCGUGAAUCCUGCAGAUU